AGCCAUAGGGGCCGAGCAGGUAUUUGGAAACACGACGCUGCCGCACGGCAUAACGGGACCUCGUUAACGUUCAUUCUCAGGACGGAGCUCUUCAGGGACGACGGGUAUAAAAAGACGCACCGAGGAGGAGGAGUUUCAAGAAAGCAAUCUUGAUGGCUUCAUUUAAUCUGGAGCUUAUGAAAACUACGCAGUCGCUAUGAAAUAAUUGGAACGCACUAAUGAAAUACUUCGUCUACACAGUAUUUCAAAGCCGUCUCAGUCAACUGCCUCGGGAAAUUAACAGAACCGCGUCCAUAAUUUAAAAAGCUAUUCGUGUCAGGAAGAUCCAAUACUGAUGGAAAUAUUGGCCUAUACAAUUAAGGCAAAUUCCGCCAAUUCCUAGUCCAACUGACGUGGGCUAUAUUUCGCCAGCACAGGUGCAGUGGAUCCUUUCGAGAUUACUGUUUUUCGCAUGCACUGAAGAUUUCUGAAACGCGUCUGGCUAGAAGCGUGCACGUCCGUUCCCCAGAGAAGGAUCUAACAACUUGAUGUCAACCCAAUAGAAAUACUGCAUUUUGGGAGAAUGGCAUCUACAAUUGAACGGAAAACGAUGGAGUCAAACGAGGAGCCUGUGGACGAGGUACUCCAGAUGCCCCCCUCUCUUCUGAACUGUGGGGGGUGCCAACAGAGCAUCGGAGACCGGUUCUUCCUGAAGGCCAUCGAGCAGUACUGGCACGAGGACUGUCUGAGCUGUGACCUCUGUGGCUGUCGGCUGGGAGAGGUGGGACGGAGGCUCUACUACAAACUGGGACGCAAACUCUGCCGCAGAGACUACCUCAGGCUGUUCGGGCAGGACGGGCUCUGUGCUAGCUGCGAGAAGAGGAUCAGGGCGUUCGAGAUGACCAUGCGUGUACGCGACAAGGUGUACCACCUCGAGUGUUUUAAGUGUGCGGCCUGCCAGAAGCAUUUCUGCGUCGGGGACCGCUACCUGCUCAUCAACUCCGAUAUUGUGUGUGAGCAGGACAUCUUCGAGUGGACCAAACUCAACAACAACAUGGUCUAGCGUCCUGGAACGCUAAAGGCUUUUCUGGAUUCGGGACUCAGCGUGUUAUAGGAGUGUAACGACUUACGGACACGCAUGUUUAAGAUAAUACUAUUUAUGUUUAUAUGGUUUGCGCAAGAACCUGUUGCCGAUGAAAUAGUUCUGAUAGUAACCCAAUGGGGAGGUAAUUUGGGAUCAACACCAAUAUGAAGUAUGCAUACCUCAAGACGUACAGCAAUGUGGACAGCAUGACAAUGAAAGCAAGAUAAUGCAAACAAUUUUCGUGGAUCUCGAAUCUCUGGAAGAGGACGUUUUGUGGCCACACCUAUCAUAGGCGUUAGUUGUUUGAGGAGAGUCUUUCUACCUUGGCACUGCAUUGGAAAUCAUGGUUUCGUCCACCACUGAACAGACACAUUUUACAUUAUCCGAGGUUCUACAGUUUGUUUUUUUAAUGCAAAAAAAAAAAGGAGGAAAAUAUUUACAUGCAAUAAUCCACAUGCUGUUUGCAGGAAUGGCAAUAUUUUCUUAGUUAUGUAGGGUAGGCUAUGAGAAAUACCCACAAAACUACUACAAAAUGAACUACAUGUCUGGAAUUAAUUACAGUCCAACACUGUUGUUUUAUCUGUCUAGAGACAUAAUGUAUUAUCAGAUGUGGGAUAUCUAUUUUUUACAUUGGAUAUAUGUACAGCAUCAGGUCCAAAUAGGGGAAUUGAAUUCUGCUGUAAUUCAUAAAUAAUCUCAAGAGGUCUUUGAGUCCAUGUUGGGUCAAUUGCUCCUCCCAGUGACCACAAUGGGAACUGCAUUCUUAUUGAUUUAAUUGGAUUAAAAUAUACUUUUUCAAACAUUUAUGUUUGUUAUUAACUAUACAUGUUCGUGGUAGGGUGUUAUUUACUUUGUAACUUUUCUAUAUGUGAUUUAAUUAUCUGAUUCAACUGAACAAACUGAUUAAGUUAUGCUUAAUAGGCCGACAAUCCACUUCAGAGUGAACGUUCUAUUAGCAGGACGGAUCUCGAAGAGACUCCAUUUAAAGAUAAAUGCAAAUAUAAUAUCUUGCUAAUUAA